CAUGAGAGGCAGCCCGAGGGGCCUUCCAAGGCUCUGAAUCUCUCUGCUUCUCUCUCUCUCUCUCUCUGUGCAGUUCUUAUCAUUUCUUGAGACUCUGCUUUGGCCUCUGCCUUGUUCCAUCGCUUGGCUCCGACACUGACUCCGAACCAUAUGGGUUGUUUUCUCUGCACUCGCGAACCAAUCAACAAAUCCUCCACUCACAACAAUUCUAAAUGCCCCGUACGCUGCGAUAAGACGACCACCCAUCGCCUUGUUGCAGAUAAUGUUAAAGCAGACUGGAACGUGAAUAUGAAGAAGGAAGCUAUUUGUUCUAAGCCUAAUGGCCUCUCUCCGGAGAUGAAGGCCUUAAAUUUAGAAGGCAAAAUUCCGAAGGACGGAAAAGUGAAUAAUCUGAAUCGUGCAAAAUCUUUCACAUUCCAUGAGCUCGCAGAGGCGACAGGUCAUUUCAGGUCAGAUUGCUUGGUGGGAGAAGGAGGCUUCGGCAAAGUUUACAAGGGAUACUUGAAGAGAACGAAGCAGGUGGCCGCUAUAAAGCAACUGAACCCGGAUGGGCAUCAAGGGAAGAGGGAAUUUGUGGUGGAAGUGUUGACACUGAGUACGGCAGACCACCCUAAUCUCGUCAAACUCUUAGGAUUCUGUGCCAAGGGACAACACAGAUUGUUGGUUUAUGAGUACAUGCCUCUGGGAUCCCUGGAGAAUCAUCUCUAUGAUCUUCCUGCCAGUAGAAAAGCUCUAGAUUGGAACACAAGAAUGAAAAUAGCAGCAGGAACGGCAAGGGGUUUGGAAUAUCUGCAUGACAAAAUGAGGCCGCCAGUGAUAUACAGAGACCUGAAAUGUUCCAACAUAUUGUUAGGAGAGGGAUAUCAUCCCAAGUUGUCUGAUUUUGGGUUGGCAAAAGUAGGCCCGAGUGGAGAAGACACCCAUGUUUCAACUAGGGUCAUGGGCACAUAUGGCUACUGCGCUCCAGAUUACGCCAUGACUGGUCAAUUAACUUUUAAGUCCGACAUUUACAGCUUUGGCGUUGUUCUUUUGGAGCUUAUCACCGGCAAAAAAGCUUUUGACAACUCAAGACCUGCCAAACAGCAAAACCUGGUCUCUUGGGCAAGGCCAAUGUUCAAAGACAGGAAAAGAUUCACAGAAAUGGUGGAUCCAUCGCUUGAAGGUCAAUAUCCAGUGAGAGGAUUGUACCAAGCCCUGGCUAUAGCAGCCAUGUGCGUGCAAGAGAAGCCUCACAUGAGACCUGUGAUUGCUGACGUUGUCACUGCUCUCAACUUCCUCGCUUCCCAGAAAUAUGAUCCUCACAGUAAUCAAACUUCUUCGUACAAGCCCAGAUCUAGGGCAAGCCGUGAUCCACUCACAAAUCAUAAUGAUCAUACUCUUCUUGAUGUCAGUCUCUCUGAGUCUGACAGAUCUGGGAGCGAAGAAAAUAAUUCUGACUCGGACAGUCGAUCUGGCACCCAACAAAACAAUUCUGAGAAUGAAGAAAAUCAUUCUGACUCGGACAGAUCUGGGAACAAACAAAAUUAAUUAUUUUUCCUCCACGGGAUUUCAUGUGUAUAUGUAGGGAUGUGCCUGGUUAUCUAUUUUUGUUUCCUAUUAAGAUAACUUGUGCUAUGUUGGAUCUUAGCCUUUCUUAUAAGUUUUAAAGGGGGGAAAAAAAUCCUUCUUCGUUUGA